CCUUGGAGAGGCCAGCGGCGCGCCCUUUCCGACCCGCCCCUGAGCUGCAGAAAUGAAGAAGAAUUCCUGGCCGGACAGGGAGAGGCGAGGAAGAAGCGGUCACCGACAGAGUUACCCACCCCCCCGGAAUAGAAGGCGCCGCAGCAGUGACUCGAAUGAAAGGAUCGAACAGCAUGGCUCCCAGAGUUCCGGUACCAGCUUGACUGAAUCUACUUCCCUUUCCAUCGGCUCUACUGAGAACGAUUCCGCACCAGAGCUGCCAGGUUUCUACUUCGACCCUGCAAAGAACCGCUACUUCCGCCUCCUCCCCGGCCACAACAACUGCAACCCCCUGACCCGAGAGCGCAUUCUGCACCAGGAGAUGGAGACCCGGAGACUGAAGCUCCUGGAGGAAGAGAACCAGCCAAGGAAGAAAGCGUCCAGACCUGGCUUGAACCCGCCUCUCGUCCUGCGUCGGAGGCAAGUGGGUUUGCUCAGCUCCAGCACUUACUGCCGGAUGGUCCACGAGUUGCAGGUGAGCAGCAUGCAGAGGAGGAAGGUGGAAAUCCAGAGCCCUGACUCGUCCGUGGCCGGAACCAAUCAUUUCAAACUCAUCGUGGCCGACACCGCACAUGAGCGGAUAUUCACCGUCAACGACGUGGAGCACGGAGGCUGCAAGUACGGGAUCGUCAACCUGCGGGGCCUGGCCGGGAAGACCCUCACCGUGGAGAUGUACGACAACCUCUACUUCACCAACCGCAAGGUGAAUUCUGUCUGCUGGGCCUCGCUGACUCACCCCGAUUCUCACGUGCUCCUCUGCCUCAUGGGCAUCGCGGAAUCCCCAGGCUGUGCCAGCCUGCUUCCAGCUUCCCUGUUCAGCAACUCCAAUCCAGGAGACCAGCCCGGGAUGCUGUGCAGCUUCAAGAUUUCCACCGCCUGGUCCUGUGCCUGGUGCCUCAAUCCCCAGGCCGCCAACCACUUCAGUACCGGCCUGUCCCGUCGGGUCCUGGUGACCAACGCGAAUACCGGACACCGGGAGACCUUCAACACCGCCAGCGACGUCCUGGCCCAGCAGUUUGCCAUCCAGGCGCCGGUGCUGUACAACGGGUGCCGCUCCGGGGAGAUCUUCGCCAUCGACCUCCGCCAACGCGGCCGCCAGCAGGGCCGGGCCUGGAAGGGUUCCCGCCUGCUCCACCGCUCGGCCGUCACCGCCGUCCGCCUCCUCCACCACGACCGCCACCUCGCCGCCGCGGACAUGGCCGGGCAGAUCCGCCUUUGGGACCUGAGGAACUCCAGGUGCGUGAUGGAGUACGAGGGGCACAACAACCAGUACGCCCACCUGCCCUUGCACGUGCAUGAGGAAGAAGGGCUCCUGCUUGCAGCGGGCCAGGAUUGCUACACGAGGCUCUGGAGCCUCGGAGACGGGCACCUGAUCCGGACCAUCCCCUCCCCACACCCGGUGGCCAAGGAGGCCAUCCCCAGCCUGGUCUUCUCGUCCCGAUUAGGGGGGCCCCGGGGCGUCCCCGGCCUGCUCAUGGCCGUCCGCCAGGACCUCUACCACUACUCUUACAACUCGGACCUCUAACAGGUAGCCGCCGGGCCGCUCGGACUCAACACGCCCCUCGCUUCACCCUCCGAAAGCGGGCGCCGAAGCCGCCCCAGGCCCGAAGAACGGAAAGCAGGGGCGUUUGGUCGAGGCCGCCGCGGGACGGCUCUCCCCCAGGGCGAAUGCAGUUCGAGCUUAGGUUUCCUGAGGGGGUUUAAUCCGAAGGGGCAAGGAUUAUGAAACGCUGGCAGAAAGUGGCUUUAGAAGAAGUCCAUCGAAUAAAGGCAUCGUUGUAGCCGC